AUGGAUGCGAUGAGGACAGGUGGAACCCUGUAUAGAUUAGAAUAAAACCUUUACUAGCUGCAAUGUUUUAUUUGUCUGGCCCGCUUCAGACAUUAAGGUAAUGACAAAAAAAAAACAUCACAUUAAGCAGUACGAGCAAUAAAGGACGCAAAAAGGCUACAGAGGAGGUGGUGAAGACCCUGCCAUAAACCACCUGCUCUGUUAAAAAGUACUCAAGCCUCCCUUUUAAGAUCCAGCAUUAAAAAUCCACUGCCAGUCGUGAGUCUCUCUGCCACACAUACCCCCGGACACAGUGUUCUUAAGAGCGGCACAGGCUUUUCAGUCGCCAAAUUAUUAAUACUGUGUCUACCCAGGUUAAAUUGAAAAAGGGAGCAGGGGGAUGCUUUGAAGCGUGGCUUUUUUUUCAUUCAACUUAGUGAAUACGGACAAGGUUUUAUAAUGGCCCGCGGCAGAGUGGAGUGGUGGUAGCACCGGGCUUUACGCUUUUCAUUUGUUUGCGGGCGACAGCUUAGCAGCGGAUUAGCAGAGCUAGCCUCCAUAAUUUCGGUCGAUUUAAGGGGAGCCCAGCGAAGAAGCUACCGAGGUGCCUAUCCAAAGUGAUGACCAGGGAUAGCGAGGUGUGAGAUUGUUUGUGUUUUGUUUCCAUUAUCCCUUCCUAUAAUAUUCUGACCAUAGAUAGACAAGCGCCAAAGCAUUUUCUUUCCCCUUGUCAUACCCAUUGGUCAUAAGCCAUUGGUGGAACAAGCUCCCUCACGACGCCAGGACAGCGGAGUCACUCACCACCUUCCGGAGACAUUUGAAACCCCACCUCUUUAAGGAAUACCUGGGAUAGGAUAAAGGAAUCCUUCUACCCCCCCCCCCCAAUUGUAAAGUGGUUAUCCCACUGGCUAUAGGGUGAACGCACCAAUUUGUGAGUCGCUCUGGCUAAGAGCGUCUGCUAAAUGACGUUAAUGUGCCCUUGAGCAAGGCACUUAACCCUAAUUGCUCCUGUAAGUCGCUCUGGAUAAGAGCGUCUGCUAAAUGACUAAAAUGUAAAAUGUAAAUGUAUGUAAAUAGGGAUAUUCUCAGACACCCAAAUGGCAUUAGUAACAGAUUUUGUGACAGCACACUUUUUGAUGUCACCCUCGUCUUGACUGAUAUUUUCUAAACGGCCACUCCAAUGUAGAUGGUGAAAUUUCACAUUUCUUCAUUUGAGAAAAUGUCCCUAUGAAGUGAGGCAGGGAGAGGGAGAAACCAAUAUAGAGGGCUCUUUCUGCAGGGCGGACUCAUCAGAGAAGUACUGCAUGUGGAUAUCAGUACUGUACUAAAACUGAGCUGACUGGAGAAGAUGCAGCGCAGUCUCUACGUAUUGCACAGUUAUCCCUUUGGUUUCUAUCGCGCCCCUGUGCAUUUAAAUCUACAUUUAGACAACAGCCAGUAGCAGAGGCACCCCCGCAUCAAUGUCUGCCUCUCUCCUGAGAUCUCCCUUUUCAUUCGCUGAGUAUAACAACAGAUCAUAGCGUGUUUAAAAAGUGACAAGAGUAGUUAGAAGACACUGGAUCUGACACUGAGUCAGAUACAGUAUGUUCUGCUCCCCCUUACUCCCCAAUGGUAAAGGUUAGGGUAAUCUGAUCCUAGAUCUAUGGUGAGGGACAACAUCUUCCUCAAUCCAUGCGUCAACAUAUCUCCACAAAAAACGGUUGUGCGUCACAGCCAGACUUGAAUAGGGGUUUGAUCAUGAUAUCUGGCGCCCUUGUCUGUGAAAACACCAUUUAUUCCGUGUCACGCCUCAAUCAUUCCCCAUUGUGAGAUGACUUUUCCCCUCCCUCUCACCUCCAUUGCGAAUCUCCAUUUGUGUCAUCAUAGUCCAUCACAGCCCACGCAGGGAGAGGCGUUGAGCCGUAAUAGAUGGCCCCCCGAGCAAACAGCCCAACAGCAUAUCAAUUACCCAUCAGGCCCUGUUCAGCCAGAUGCCACGAUGGAACCACUCCCCAGCGCAGCAGACAAUAAAAUAACGUGCAAACGCAGAUAAAUAACGGCACCUUUUCUGUCACUUACAAAUUGUGUGUUAUAGACCCGGCAGCACACCUGUGUGUGUUUGGUGUGUGUGUGUGUGUGUUUGGUGAUUUCCCAGUCGCCUUUGUCAAUGGAGGCCCAUCUGCCAGCCUGUUGUUGUUGUGGCCUUGUUCAUUGCAGGCAACAUGUCUCAUGUCACUUCUCUAUAAACCCUUCAGGUUAAUUUGUUCAGUUUCAGUACUGCUGACGAUCACACACACAAACACUCACAGCAGAGGUGAUUCAGCCACUCCUGGUAUUAUUGCAGCUGUGUGGCCCCUAAUGAGCCACUGAAGUGAUAAAAUAAAAGGAAAACAGUUCGGCACAGGGACAGAUGGAGUCAGAUGGAGUCAAACCUCAUAUCCCAUCUUGCUUCUCAGGCUGAGGUGGGAUGUCUCACGCCUGCCUAGCCUAUCCUAUGGUCUCAGCAGCUAACUGGCGAAUUUAAGCUACUAAAACCCUAACAUGAUUUUACAUAGAAGAGGACAGAGAAAAACGAACAUGUGUAAUGGUCAUAACAAUGAUCAUGAUGAUAAUGAUGUUAUCAUUUUAAUCCUCUUAGGAUAUCACCACCACUUCUGAGAGCGAUUGCUUCUUCUUUAUGGUGCAAUCGCUCAUAUGUGUUGUAGUGAUGGGGGGAAAAAAUCAAUACAAUUACAUAUCGCUUUAUUAUUUCAGACGAUGUUAUAUCGAUACUUUGACUCCAUGUAUCGAUUUGUAAAAAAUAUAUUUGUAAUUUUGUUUUAUUUUUGCUUUGUAGCGUUAGCUAGCGCUAGUCGGCUGUACAUGCACUAAAACUCCGAUAUUUUUCAUCCUAUAACUUGUUUUCCAUCUUCUUUUUAAAUAGUGAGCCAUGUUUUCAGUACUUUUAUUUCCAUGGCUGAUCAAAACGAAUUUUUAAAUUUUCUCAUGCUCUCUCUUGUCUCUCUGCAGCAGACAGAUAGUGAGAAAUAGGGAGGUAGCUCAGUUGGUAGAGCAUGGCGUUUGCAACGCCAGGGUUGUGGGUUCGUUUCCCACGGGGGGCCAGUGUGAAAAUAAAAAUGAAUAAUGUAUGCACUAACUGUAAGUCGCUCUGGAUAAGAGCGUCUGCUAAAUGACGUAAAUGUAAAUGUAAAUGUAAAUAUGUUUGGAACAUCAAAUCGCAAUAAAAUCACAGUAUCAAAUCACAAUACAUAUAGAAUCAUGAGAAUCGCAAUACAAAUUGUAUCGGCACCUACGUAUUGUAACAAUAUCGUACCGCGAGGUUCCUGGCAAUUCCCAGUCCUAAUGUGUGUUGCGUGUCCAUUGGGCCAUGCGUGUACAUGUACAAUACAUUUAUUCCUUGUAAAAUAGAGGUUUCCUUGAACAGAUCAACAAUAAAUAAAUCGAUUCAUUGCAUGGAAUUAGAUGCUUAAUCAAACAAUGGCCCCAGAUGAUGUGGGUACGAGGUGCUGAUCAUGAGCAAAGUUCCAAAAGAAGGGAUUUACAGUUCUUAAAACGGAACUUCUCUGACUCUUGUGACAAUAGAAAUGUAAAAAGAACAAUAUCAUGUCAUGUGAAAUUCCAUCAACUGUCAACCUCUCAUGGCUGUCCACACACGACAUAGUCGGACAAAGAAAACACUGUUCCCAUCUCCUAUUCUCACUCUCUCUUCCCAUGUUUUACAUUUCUGUCCCUUAUUGCCUUUACACUUGACUAGUUGUGCUGAAUCGCGAGCACCAAUUAGGGCUUAGAAAACCCUCGCAUGGCCAAUCAGAGCCUUGCCAGAGCUCUUAUCAAGAACGGUUCUCAUUUACGCAGGAUACAAGCCCCGAUGUCAAGUGGGUGGUUUUCCAGGGAUUAAAAAUGUGAGAUAGCGAUAUGUUCUCCACACACUGUCAGACAAGUCUGUGUGGUCAUGGCUGUUAUGUGGGAUAGUUAGUCAAAAGUUAUAUGAUUCUGUAACAGGGGUUAGAAAAUCUUCCUCUACUGUCUGUACAGCCUUUUGUUCCAACCUUGUUCUAGUAUACCUGUUUCUACUACUAGAUGCUCAUUAGUACCUUGAUUAGCUCAACCUGCAUAGCCAGUAGCUCUCCAGAAGGGCAGAGCUGGUUAGAGCUUCUCUUCUCUUUAGGGAGGCGAGCUCAGUCCAAUUUCAGCAUUAGCAUGCCAGCUGCAAAGACCCAUGUUGAGCAUCAAUCAUUGCCUGCCUUCUGUUUCUCUGUAAUGUUUUGGGAAAAGGUGGCCUCGGUCAUUAGAGAAAAAUUAGGGGGCAAGGGGCCACGAGAUGUAUGUCCCGUAAAACAUUGAAUACACAUUAUGCACUGUGUGAUAUGAAACAGCUUGCCUCGACGGAUGUGGCUAGGAGCGUUGAAUUAUAUAUAUGUACAGUACCAGUCAAAAGUUUGGACACACCUGCUCAUUCAAUGGUUUUUCUUUAUUUUUACUAUUUUCUACAUUGUAGAAUAAUAGUGAAGACAUCAAAACUAUGAAAUAACACAUAUGGAAUCAUGUAGUAACCAAAAAAGUGUUAAACAAAUCAAAAUAUAUUUUAUAUUUGAGAUUCUUCAAAUAGCCAUCCUUUUCCUUGAUGACAGCUUUGCACACUCUUGGCAUUCUCUCAACCAGCUUCACCUGGUAUGCUUUUCCAACAGUCUUGAAGGAGUUCCCACAUAUGCUUAGCACUUGUUGGCUGCUUUUCCUUCACUCUGCGGUCCGACUCAUCCCAAACCAUCUCAAUUGGGUCAGGGGCUUGUGGAGGCCAGGUCAUCUGAUGCAGCACUCCAUCACUCUCCUUCUUGGUCAAAUAGCCCUUACACAGCCUGGAGGUGUGUUGGGUCAUUGUCCUGUUGAAAAACAAAUGAUAGUCCCACUAAGCCCAAACCAGAUGGGAUGGCGUAUCGCUGCAGAAUGCUGUGGUAGCCAUGCUGGUUAAGUGUGCCUUGAAAUCUAAAUAAAUCACAGACAGUGUCACCAGCAAAGCACACCCACACCAUAACAUCUCCUCCUCCAUGCUUUACGGUGAGAACUACACAUGCGGAGAUCAUCCGUUCACCCACACCGCGUCUCACAAAGACACGGUGGUUGGAACAAGAAAUCUCAAAUUUGGACUCCAGACCAAAGGACAGAUUUCCACCUGUGUGAUGUCCGAUGCUCGUGUUUCUUGGCCCAAGCACGUCUGUUCUUCUUAUUGGUGUUCUUUAGUAGUGGUUUCUUUGCAGCAAUUCGACCAUGAAGGCAUGAUUCACACAGUCUCCUCUGAUCAGUUGAUGUUGAGAUGUGUCUGUUAUUUGAACUCUGUGAAGCAUUUAUUUGGGCUGCAAUUUCUGAGGCUGGAACUUAUCUGUUACAGGAGGGGGUCGCAGUUCCGGAGCGACCCACUAGGUGUCAUCCUCCGACAACCGUAGGCACCUCCUCACUCACAGUCUGGACUAAUCAGUAUCCUAUUGGUGUCACCUGUGUCUACCUGUUCACCUGUGUAUUUAUGCCCUCACUUCCCUGUGUUCCCUUGCUCAGUUUUCUCUGUUAGUUUCUCUAUGUCCAGCAGUACUACUCAGUGUCUGAUCGGAGACCUAUGUGCAGGUACUUGAGAAGUGUUCUCCCUGUCAGCCGGUUUUUGGAGACUUAUUUGCUCCGCCUUUCUUUUAUCAUGAUAAGUCUGUUAUUUUGUAUUCUGGCUUCGGGACCACCAGUAAAGAUCCUUGUUUCACCAUCUCUGCCUAUUGCCUACUGUAUAUCCUGCACCGCACCUGGGUCACACCUCACUCCAACCCUUACACUUAUCCUCUGCAGCAGAGGUAACUCUGGGUCUUCCUUUCCUAUGGUGGUCCUCAUGAGAGCCGGUUUCAUCAUAGAGCUUGAUGGUUUUUGCGACUGCACUUGAAGAAACUUUAAAGUUCUUGAAAUUUCCGGAUUGACUGACCUUCAUGUCUUAAAAUAAUGAUGGACUGUUGUUUUUCUUUGCUUAUUUGAGCUGUUAGGGCUAUCUUCUGUAUACCAGCCCUACCUUGUCAAAACACAAAUGAUUGGCUCAACCGCAUUAAGAAGGAAAGAAAUUCCACAAAUUAACUUUUAACAAGGCACACCUGUUAAUUGAAAUGCAUUCCAGGUGACUAUCUCGUGAAGCUGGUUGAGGGAAUGCAAGAGUGUGCAAAGCUGUCAUCAAGACAAAGGGUGGCUACUUUGAAGAAUCUCAAAUAUUAAAUAUAUUUUGAUUUGUUUAACACUUUUUUGGUUCCAUGUGUGUUUUUUCAUAGUUUUGAUGUCUUCACUAUUAUUCUACAAUGUAGAAAAUAGUAAAAAUAAAGAAAAACCCUGGAAUGAGUAGGUGUGUCCAAACUUUUCACUGGUACUGUAUAUACCUGAGUCAAUACAUGUUAGAAUCACCUUUGGCAGCAAUUACAGCUGGGCAUAUGUCUGUAAGAGCAUUCCACACCUGGAUUGUGCAACAUUUUCACAUUAUUAUUUUCAGAAUUCUUCAAGCUCUGUCAAAUUGGUUGUUGAUCUUUGCUAGACAACUAUUUUCACAGAGAUUUAAGUCAAAACUGUAACUUAGCCACUCAGGAACAUUCACUGUCUUCUUGGUAAGCAACUCCAGUGUAGAUUUGGCCUUGUGUUAUAGGUUAUUGUCGUGCUGAAAGGUGAAUUAAUCUCCCAGUUUCUGAAGGAAAGCAGACUGAACCAGGUAUUCCUCUAGGAUUUUGCCUGUGCUUAGCUCCAUUCCAUUUAUUUUUCAUCCUGAAACACUCCCCAGUCCUUAACAAUUACAAGCAUACUCAGUCAUGAUACAGCCACCACUAUGCUUGAAAAUAUGGAGAGUGGUACUCAGUAAUGUGUUGUGUUCGAUUUGCCCCAAACAUAACACAUUGUAUUCAGGACAAAAAGUUAAUUGCUUUGCCACAUUUUUUGGAUUAUUACUUUGGUGCCUUGUUGCAAACAGGGUGCAUGUUAUUCUGUACAGGCUUCCUUCUUUUCACUCUGUCAAUUAGGUUAAUAUUGUGGAGUAAUUACAAUGUUGUUGAACCAUCCUCAGUUUUCGCUUGUCACAUGCAUUAAACUAUGUAACCGUUUUAAAGUCACCAUUGACCUCAUGGUGAAAUCCCUGAGCGAUGUCCUUCCUCUCUGGCAACUGAGUUAGGAAGGAUGACUGUAUCUUUGUAGUGACUUGGUGUAUUGAUACACCAUUCAAAGUGUCAUUAAUAACUUUGCCAUGCUCAAAGGGAUAUUCAAUGUGUGUUUUUUUUUUUAGGUGCCCUUCUUUGCGAGGCAUUGAAAACCUCCCUGGUCUUUGUGGUUACAUCUGUGUUUGAAAUUCAUUGUACAGAUAUCAGGUAGUCAUUCAAAAAACAUGUUAAACACAGAGUGAGUCCAUGCAACUUAUUAUACAAGUCCAUGCAACUUAAUAAGUGACUUGUUAAGCACAUUUUUACUCCUGAACUUAUUUAGGCUUCCCAUAACAAAGGGGUUGAAUACUUAUUGACUCAAGACAUUUCAGCUUUUCGUUUUUAAUUCAUUUGUAAAAAUUUCGAAAAACAUAAUUCCACUUUGACAUUAUGGGGUAUUAUGUGUAGGCCAGUCUAAAAAAUCUAAAUUUAAUACAUUUUAAAUUCAGGCUGUAACACAACAAAAUGUGGAAAAAGUCAAGGGGUGUGAAUACUUUCUGAAGGCUGUCAAAGGCUGAUGUCGAUGUGUGGUGGGAGUCAGGCGCAGGACACAGAGGCUCAGUCAAAACGACUUUACUGGACUGAGAAAACAAACACUCAAUACAAAAAUAAAGACCUCGACACAGGAGGUAAAACGAACACGCAAACCAUGCGUAACAAGAAUAAUCCGAUCAAGGAAAACCAAACUGACAACACCAGACAGGCGGACAAUUACACACAAAUACCCACAAACAAAACGAUAAACUUAUAGGGGACAUAAUGAACCCUAACUAGACACAGGUGUACAAAUAAGACAAAACCAAACAAACAUCGAUAACAUUCAACGGUGGCAGCUAGUACUCCGGGGACGACGAACGCCGAAGCCUGCCCGAGCAAGGAGGAGGAGCAGUCUCGGCCGAAUUCGUGACAAAGGCAGUGUAAUUAUAAGUUUUGUUUAUUUUUAAACAUCUUACGGCUAACGUACAGUCACGUCAAACAGUGCAGCCAGAAUAACAGCAUAGUAGCUGUUUUUGCUUUUGUUUAAGCUGUUUUCUAGUGACAUUUGGAUACAUCCAUAACAAUGAGCUAAUGAUGUGCAAUUUCGCCUGGCAUAGAAAAUGUGCUCUCUCAUCAGGACAAUUUUGUUCAGAGGAGCUAGCCAACAACACAGCUAAUACAAUCCCUUCAAACUGAAGCUGGAAAGACAGCAAACUAGCUACAUUUGGUUUUGUUUUACCUGUUUUCUAUUGACAUUUCUUUGUACAUAUCCAUAAAAAUUAUGCCUGCUGAUUCCUGAUUUCGACUGGCUGAGAAAAGCUGCCUGCCUGUCUGUCUCGUCCCGACUCUCAGCAUUGCUAUGGGACAGCUGUAGAUCGAAUUUCAAUAUUGAAACAAUGUUGCAAAUGGUGGAGAGACAGACAGCAAGGUUUAUACAAAUAUCUGUCUGUUGAAAAUCAAAUGCUAGUCUAAAAGAAAUGGGAGAUAAUGUCUAGAUGCUUUUUAUAGUGUAGAUAAAGUUUAUAAAUUGUCAAUAGAGUCAAUAGACAUUUCAACGUCAUAGCUUUAGCCGGUGGUAACUUGUGUAACAGACACCGGCUGGAAUGCGAUUUUAACCAAUUAGCAUCCAGGAUUAGACCCACCCGUUGUAUAAUAAAUUGUGUGGACUCACUCUGUGUUUAACAUGAUUUUUGAAUGACUACCACAUAUCUGUACAGUGAAUUUCAAACACAGAUGCAACCACAAAGACCAAGAGAUUUUUUAAUGCUUCGCAACGAAGGGCACCUAUUGGUAGAUGGGUAGAAACAAACAAAAAACAGACAUUGAAUAUCCAAUGUUAUUAAUGACACUUUGGAUGGUAUAUCAAUACACCUAGUCACUACAAAUAUACAGGCAUCCUUCCUAACUCCGUUGCCAGAGAGGAAGGAAAUCGCUCAGGGAUUUCACCAUGAGGUCAAUGGUGACUUUAAAACGGUUACAUAGUUUAAUGCAUGUGACAAGCGAAAACUGAGGAUGGUUCAACAACAUUGUAAUUACUCCACAAUAUUAACCUAAUUGACAGAGUGAAAGAAUGAAACCUGUAUAUAAUAACAUGCAUCCGGUUUGCAACAAGGCACUAAAGUAAUACUGCAAUAAAUGUCCUGAAUACAAAGUGUUAUGUUUGGGGCAAAUCCAAUACAACACAUUUUUUAUUUAUUUAUUUAUUUAUUUCACCUUUAUUUAACCAGGUAAGCCAGUUCAGAACAAGUUCUCAUUUGCAACUGCGACCUUGCCAAGAUAAAGCAAAACAGUGCGAUAAAAACAACAACACAGAGUUACAUAUGGGGUAAAACAAAACAUAAAGUCAAAAAUACCACAGAAAAUAUAUAUACAGUGUGUGCAAAUGUAGCAAGUUAUGGAGGUAAGGCAAUAAAUAGGCCAUAGUGCAAAAUAAUUACAAUUAGUAUUAACACUGGAAUGAUAGAUGUGCAAAUAGAGAUGCUGGGGUGCAAAUGAGCAAAAUAAAUAACAAUAUGGGGAUGAGGUAAUUGAGUGGGCUAAUUUCAGAAGGGCUGUGUACAGGUGCAGUGAUCGGUAAGGUGCUCUGACAACUGAUGCUUAAAGUUAGUGAGGAGAUAAGAGUCUCCAGCUUCAGAGAUUUUUGCAGUUCGUUCCAGUCAUUGGCUGCAGAGAACUGGAAGGAAUGGCGGCCAAAGGAGGUGUUGGCUUUGGGGAUGACCAGUGAGAUAUACCUGCUGGAGUGCAUACUACGGGUGGGUGUUUCUAUGGUGACCAAUGAGCGGAGAUUUGCCUAGCAGUGAUUUAUAGAUGGCCACAUUACUGUGUACCACUCUCCAUAUUUUCAAGCAUAGUGGUGGCUGCAUCAUGUUAUGGGUAUGCUUGUAAUUGUUAAGGACUGGGGAGUUUUUCAGGAUAAAAAAGAAACGGAAAUGGAGCUAAGCACAGGCAAAAUCCUAGAGGAAAACCUGGUUCAGUCUGCUUUCCACCAGACCUUGGGAGAUUAAUUCACCUUUCAGCUGGACAAUAACCUAAAACGUGAGGCCAAAUCUACACUGGAGUUGCUUACCAAGAAGACAGUGAAUGUUCCUGAGUGGCUGAGUUACAGUUUUGACUUAAAUCUGCAUGAAAAUCUAUGGCAAGACCUGAAAAUAGUUGUCUAGCAAUGAUCAAAAACCAAUUUGUCAGAGCUUGAAGAAUUUUGAAAAGAAUAAUGGGCAAAUGUUGCACAAUCCAGGUGAUUAGAGACUUAACCAGAAAGACUCACAGCUGUAAUCGCUGUCAAAGGUGGUUCUAACAUGUAGUGCCUAAACUGUAUUGUACCCUAAACUGAUGACUUGAUUUACAACACUACUGUUUAUUUACUACAAUGAUUAUAUAUGUAUUCCUACUUCUCUUGAUUGCAUCCUUAUACAAGUACCUAAUCUUAUGUUUCCACUCACAUUGAGAAGGCAAUGCAGUCUCCAAACGGAGUCUGGCUUGACCUCCAAAGACAAUCCUCUUAGUGAUAACAUGCAAGUGCUGAAAUCUGCAACUUUGUGACUUUCUGGUGUGGGUGCGUUCAUAAGGAAGAUAAAUCACUUGCUCUCUGCAACGCUUAGCACCCUCGCUAACUAUUUAUGUCCUCUCUCUCUCUCUCUCUCCCUCCCUCUCGCUCCAGCACCACCAAAGUUUUUGAGAACCCCCAAUGACCAAACGGGCGUGCAAGGAGGUGUGGCAUCAUUCAUCUGCCAAGCGACGGGAGACCCACGCCCCAAGAUCGUUUGGAACAAGAAGGGGAAGAAAGUCAGCAACCAGAGAUUUGAGGUAUUAGGUCUAUUGUUCUGAUGUAAAAUGCUCGACAAAAAUGGGAAUGCUCAACAGUGCUUUUGGUACCCCAUCCCCCCCUCCCGUCCCCCUCCAACCCCUAACACAUAAUCCAUCCCCCCGCUCUCCAAAAUCACACGCCCGCCUUUGCCACCACGCAUGAGCAGGCUUUAAAAAUCAAGCUGUCCCAGCCAUCUAACAUGCAUGAGUUUUAAUGAGCAAGUACACAGCGAUCUGGGACAUAUUUGUAAUUAAAGAAAUACAGAAAGAAAGAUGGGGAGUGAAAGAAAGAUAAGGGGGAAGAAAUGGUGACCCAUAUACCUAUAUUAGCAUCAUGCUGCAUUUGGCUGCCUUAUGCAAAACGAGAGAGUAGUAGCUCUGUGGUUCAAAGGUCUUUUGCUUCAUGGCGUCUUUAUCUAAAUGCAUGUCCCCCGCGCUGUUUUGUUUGGCUGCAAGCUUUGAUUUGUCCUUCUUUUUAAUCGCCAUGACAAAUAACACAUCAUCUCCAAACACUGAUAAGAUUUCUAUAACUGUCUGUGUCAUUCCUUUUCGGAGUGUAUCAUAGUGUGAUAUGAACAAACACCUUCCUCUCUCCGUGCCAUGCUUCUACUCAGCAGUAAUGGCUUAUCUGGGUUUGGAGAGUCUUUGGCGUCUCACACAUCGGGCAGGAAUCGAAUCUUAUCACAGUUCAUCAAAUUUGUGCCGCUGCACGUGGUGAAUGCUAACGCGCUAGCUCGCUAACUCUCCCAUUGCCGCCGUGAGGCUUGCUUGCCACUGCCGCCGCCCUUAUUCCCCCACUCACUCACGCGGCCGCCUCCUCAUCCCUAACAAAGGUAAUUUCCCUUUACAGAAACACUGAGACUUUUUCAACCCCAUUUUCUUUCUCUUUGAGUUUGAAAUGGGAAAGGGAGCACUUUUACUUACCAUCAUCACGCGCUCUUGCAAUGAUUGCCCAAAUGUGCCCUUGUCGCUUGGCCACUGAACCGUCAAGGUGUUUUGUUCAACUAACAUGUGAAAUGAUAUGCUCUGAACUGUAUCAAUGAGUGUCGGGGCCGGCCUUUCUCCGUGUGUGUUUGUGCACGUGUGUGUAUGAAGCAGAGGUUCUUAACAGUCAACUCUUUUUUUUAAAACCUACCAAAGAUUGCUUAAAAAUGAGUUAUGAUACAGGGCUUUCUAAAAACAGUGAGUAUACAGCAUGGAACGAUAGCUGUAAAAGCUACAAAACACCCGUUUGUAAACAUUUUAUGUGUCGUCUGUCCAAAACAAUUGGUCAUGUCUUUUUGUACUACUAUCACGUCAUGGUGAUGACAAUUGUUCGUUACUGUUUAUCAAACCACGUAUAAUUGUUUGUUAUUGUUCUGUCCCAUUGAAAUAUAUAAGUAGUGUGUUAACUUUAAGAGUGGGGCGAACCAAAAUGUACAUCAAAUAUAAAACACACAUAAAAAUCCAAAUUAUUUGUUCUGGCUGGCCAAUAAAUACUUUCCCAUUCUUAAAGUUAGUUGGCCACUUUGAUUAUCUUUCCAAUAAUUAAUACACAAGAUCAACUUAUAUUUUGGAUCCAAAGUUGAUGUCAGAGAGCUGUGAGCCAUCUUUGAACUUACAAUACAUGGCCAAAGGUAUCCUUCAAAUUAGUAGAUUUGGCUAUUUCCGUCACACCCAUUGCUGACAGGUUAUUAACAGUAGAAUGGCCCAUACUGAAGAGCUCAAUGAAUUUAAACGUGGCACCGUCAUAGGAUGGCACCUUUCCAACAAGUCAAUUAGUCACAUUUCUGCUAGAGCUGCCCUGGUCAACUGUAAGUGCUGUUAUUGUGAAGUGGAAACAUCUAUGAGCAACAACGGCUCAGCCGCAAAGUGUUAGGCCACACAAGUUCACAGAACGGGAACGCCGAGUGCUGAAGCGCGUAGAGCGUAAAAAUCGUCAGUCCUCAGUUGCAACACUCACUACCGAGUUCCAAACUGCCUCUGGAAGCAACGUCAGCACAAUAACUGUUCAUCGGGAGCUUCAUGAAAUGGGUUUCCAUGGCCGAGCAGCCGCACACAAGCCUAAGAUCACCAUACGCAAUGCCAAGCGUCGGCUGGAGUGGUGUAAAGUUUGCCACCAUUGGACUCUGGAGCAGUGCAAACGCGUUCUCUGGAGUGAUGAAUCACGCUUCACCAUCUGGACCAAUCUGGGUUUGACGGAUGCCAGGAGAACGCUACCUGCCCGAAUGCAUAGUGCCAACUGUAAAGUUUGGUGGAGGAGGAAUAAUGGUCUGGGGCUGUUUUUCAUGUUUCGGGCUAGGCCCCUUAGUUCCAGUGAAGGGAAAUCUUAAUGCUACAGCAUACAAUUACAUUCUAGACUAUUCUGUGCUUGCACCUUUGUGGCAACAGUUUGGGGAAGGCCCUUUCCUGAUUCAGCAUGACAAUGCCCCUGUGCACAAAGCGAGGUCGAUACAGAAAUGGUUUGUCGACUGCACAGAGCCCUGACCUCAACCCCAUCGAACACCUUUGGGAUGAAUUGGAAAACCGACUGCGAGCCAGGCUUAAUCGCCCAACAUCAGUGCCCGACCUCACUAAUGCUCAUGUGGCUGAAUGGAAGCAAGAGUCCACAUACUUUUGGCCAUGUCGUGUAUAUUAUGUUUAAUCUUCCAGUACAUCACUAGAUAAGAAUAACAUGGAUAUAACUAAUAAUGGCUCUCUGAACACAACUGCUCUGGUAAUAACUAUACCAGUGGGUAGCCAAUCAUAAGCACAAACAACAGCAUAACUAGCCAUACAAAACAUGCUCAAGAGUCACAAUGAUGUCAUUAUCUACAUGCUACAGAUAUGGUAUCUUUUCCUCAAACACAUACAAUGCGAUACACACGUGGGUUCUAUAUCCAUUGCUUGAAAAUCCAUCCUCUCCUUGUCUCCUCCCCUUCACCUGUUCUUAAUUGAAAGACAUAACAGGGGAAACAAUUUGGUGGAAGCUUGUUCAGGCUGGCUUUCACCUGGACACAUCUUUCAGGGGAAGAGGAGAAGGGUGGAUGGACUGUUUAGACAAUUGAGAAAAGAGCGAUAUACUCCCAAACACUCACUCAAAUAAGGAGCUGAUGUUAGGGUAUACUAGCCAUUGCAGCUUUCAUAGUUUUCUGAUGGGAAGCACAGUGUGUUUGUCACCAUCAGUUUUGUAGGCCAAAUGUGUUUAUACUCUGCUGCAGGAGCGGUUGUAAUUACUCUGCGCAAACUUCCGUCACCGAUUGUGAACAAAAAAACUCCUUUAACAUAUCUUGUUUCUCGCACCUGCAGGUGAUUGAUUUCGAUGACGGCUCUGGCUCGGUGUUGAGAAUUCAGCCCUUGCGUACGCCCCGAGACGAAGCCAUAUAUGAGUGUGUCGCCUCCAACACUGUUGGAGAGCUGACUGCAUCUACGAGACUCACUGUUUUACGUGGUAGGUGCUGCUUUCUCCACAACCGAAAUGCUAACUCCUCUUCCUUUAACUCUCAGUUUCCUCAACUAACC